AUGCCUCGCCCAAAACGAUCGCGCGUCCCUGCGACGCGUCCCAACAAGGUCGCUUCCCCAUCACCCGAGGGACCACAGUCGUCCGGGACGCCACCCAUUGUGACGAAACCAAUUGCCGCGCAGCCUGAAGUCCCCGGUAGCGAUAUUUACGGUGUUAGCGAUCGCGAGAAGGAGCGCAUGAAAGAGCGAUCCGCUAAAGCCGCAACGGCUGGCUCGCAGUCCCGUCGGACACGUGCAUCCCAACAUCUGGACGUGAACUCGGACCAAGCGAGGGCGUUGGAGGACUCGAAGCGCAGGCGGGACGACGCGAUGAACAGGUUAGAUGAUCUUACCUCGACCUCGAGACCGGACGAAUCCGAAAGCCCAGGCACCGGGCAGGGUAGGGAGAUAGCGGGCGAAAGGCAGCCCCGGCUGACCGACUUGUCGGGUCUCGAUCUGGAUGACGAACUCUUCGCCAAUCUCGACGAUAGCCUGGACGACACAGAGAACGCGAUUGAGGAGACACGGACUGGCUACCGCUCCACAGACACGUCAACAUUUAAUGUGGCCAUGUUCAAACGCCGGCCUCGGCAGUCGAGCGUCGCUGGGAGGGGUGACGGUCCUAUCCGUCCGAGCAGUAGAAGGCAGAAUACACCUAGUAUUAGCGGUGCUCUUAAUUUCGGCGAUUUUAGGCGGCGUGCCCGGGAGCAGAGCAUCCUCGGGACGGACCGAAAGGCUCGGACGGCGAGGUCUCUAUCGCGAACUUCGCAAGCCUCGCGGAAUGCGAGCGUUCUUGGAGACGGAGAUGAUUCUGCCUCUCUCCUGCCCCGCCGGCGACACAAGGCAUCAACUCGCGACAAUGACAAUAACGACCCUUUUGACUUGGAUGCCUCGGAAGACGAGCGUUACAAUGCCAAUGGCAAUGAUGCGAAUGAGGCCUCGUACGUCGACUCGCGGCCUACGCGACGGAGAAAGGCCCAACGGCCUCUCGCAAAAUCGACAUCCAACGGGAAGGGCAAGCAGGCUGAAACCAGGAAUGCGGGUGGCAAGCGGCGUGCUGUGCGGACGUACGGGUCGACGAAUGACGACAAGGAGAACGACGAGGUUGCAGAUGAGUUUGUGGUCGGUAGUGGAAAUGAGGAACUCGAUGAGGAAGCACAGGAGGAGCUCCCUGUGGAGGAGACGAGCCAGAUGAUGGUGGAGCGGCUCGGAGAGGAGCUGCAGAAAGCCGCGAAGAAGUUUAAAGAGGUGGACAAAUGGGAAUUGUCGUUUGAGCAGGCGACGCAGAGUUCGUCGCCGGGCCCGUUCGCUCGUUGA